AUGGACCGUUAUAUUUUAAUCAAUGUUUCCAAUAUUUUGGCGUUUCUUUUCCUUUUAGCUGAUAAUGUUUAUUCAUACAUGGAACCUAAAAAUGAACGCAAUCCUUAUCUUCAAGCGCAUCUUACAUACAUUUCACCUGCUGUUUUUACUUUUUAUAUGUGGAUACCUAUUCAAAUUUUAUUAGGAGGUUUUGUUAUUUAUCAAUUUUAUCCUCAAGCUGAAGAGCAUGUUACUACAAUCAACUGGAACUUUGUUGGUAUCGUUGCGUUAAACUGCUUAUGGCUUAAUUUAUGGCAAAGAGAUAUGAUUUCCUUAUCUUGGAUUGCAAUUCUUAUAAUGGUCUUUCAACUAUCCUACAUUUACUAUAUUCUUGAAUUCACAUAUCAACCUUACGAGCAUACUGACGAACCAUUAGACGUUAUACUUGACAUAGCAUUUGUUCAUUUGCCAUUCUCUUUAUAUCACUCAUGGUCCAUAGUGUUGUUAGCUAUCACAACCUUCACUAUAUUCAUGCCUGAAAAAAAGGCCGAAAAUCCAAGUUUGAUUGAAUUAAUCCUUGUAAUAUUUGUUUUGAUAUCGUUCGAAUUAAUAGCGAUUAUGUAUAUUGAAGCUAAUAAUGAUUUCGCCGGUUUUGCUGGAUACUUGGUUAUUGCCUUUACUUUUAUAGGAAUUUCAUAUGAACAAGAAGAAAUUGUAAUUCAUUUGACCGCUAUUUUACUUUCUAUUAUUUCUGCCGCUUAUUUUAUCGUAUCUUUAGUUAAAAAAUGUUUAAUGCCUAAAAAACAAUCUGUUGAGACACAAAAUGAAACUACCGAUCUUACUCUCACUUAA